AAACUUCCUCCUCCACAGUCCUUUAUAAAAACACAGAAUUGAAAGGAGUUUCAGAAUAACUUCUGCUCAAGACACAAGUUCAGUGGAGGAACAAGAAACAUCCACAUCGUCAUCAUUCAUGCGGUGAAUCUGUGAAGGGAGAUGGCGUCUGUUGAAGAUCUGCUUGAAAAAUCACUGAAUGAACUGCUAGAGGCUGAACUGAAGACGUUUCAGUGGCACUUAUUGAAAGAUCAUGAGCGUAUAUCAAAUUCUGAAAUGGAGAAUGCAGAUAGGUUAAAAACUGUGGAUAAGAUGGUGGCAUGUUUUGGACUAGAAGAAGCUGUGAAGAUCACGGUGGAGAUCCUGAGGAAGAUGAACCAGAAUAAUCUAGCUGAGCAGCUGGAGAACAAUCACAAGCAAGGUCAGGCUGGAGGCAAUAUGAAGACACCUGCCACUGUUGGAGCUCAUUCAAAAGAGAUACGGGGCUCGGCUGCAGAGCACAAUAAGGCUGCUCUUCAUGAGAUUAGCCUCAGACUGAAGGACAAAUUAAAACAGGACUACAAGCGGAUAUUGGUUGGUAAUUCAAAGACGGGUCAUCAGAAAUACCUGGAUGAUAUCUACACUGAUUUAUAUGUGGUGGAGAAUGAGACUGGAGGAAGAUUGAAUGACCACGAGGUGAGACAGUUCGAAUUGAAUCUCAAACCAUUUGAUGUCAAAGACACACCGAUCCAGUGCAAUGACAUUUUCAAAGUCCAAAAGGGUCAACAAAACAGAAAAGUGCUGACGAUGGGAAUUGCAGGGGUGGGAAAAACAGUUUCUGUCAAUAAAUUCAUCUUUGACUGGGCUGAAGGAAAAGAAAAUCAGGACAUAGACUUAAUUUUACCUCUGCCAUUCCGUGAGCUAAACUUGAUCACAAAGGACAACAAUCUCAUUGGACUGCUUCACGAACACGUCUUUAGUGGUACCAAAGAACUACUUUUUCAGCCUGAAGGUGAUGGUAAAGUCAUGUUUAUCUUUGAUGGACUGGAUGAAUGUCGCUUUCCUUUGAACUUUAAAGAGGGUGACAAAAUUACAGAUGUUUACAAAAUAACAACAGUGAGUAAGAUAGUUACUAGCCUGAUCAAGAGAGACCUGCUUCCCUCUGCUCUCAUCUGGAUCACAUCCAGACCAGCAGCAGCCACUCUGAUACCCCGUGACUACAUUGAUCAAGUGACAGAGGUGCGAGGAUUUAACGAUGAGCAGAAAGAGCAAUACUUCAUCAAAAACAGUCCUGAGGUUUCUGAAAACAUUAUCCGUCACAUCAGGAAAUUCAGGAGCCUGUACAUCAUGUGCCAUAUCCCUGUCUUCUGCUGGAUCUCUCUCACUGUUCUUCAGCCUCUACUGGCUCAAGAGAGCAAUGACAAAACUCCCACAACUCUUACAGGGAUGUACACAAGCUUCUUAAUUUCUCAGCAGCAAAAGAUGGAAAAAAAAUAUUGUGAUGACCCUGAAUCUAAAGGCAAUGCAAGGUCUUUUGAUCAGAUUAUUCUGAAGCUCGGGAAACUGGCCUUUCAACAGCUGGAGAAAGGAAAUCUGAUUUUCUACCAAAAAGAUCUUGAGGAAUGUGGUCUAGAUGUCAGUGAUGGGUCGGUGUACUCUGGGUUAUGCACUCAGAUCUUUCAGGAGGAAAAGGCUGUUUCAGCAAGAAGUGUUUUCAGCUUUGUACAUCUUAGUGUCCAGGAAUUCCUUGCUGCUCUUUAUGUGUUUUUGAUUGGCAAAGAUGAGAAAGCUGACCUUUUUCUUCUAUCUUGGAGAGAAAAACUCACAUGGAAACUGUCCAAAAAGCCACUCUUUCAGUUUCAUAAGGCUGCAGUCAAGAAGGCUUUACAAAGCAAGAGCGGACACCUGGAUCUUUUCCUUCGGUUCCUCCUGGGUCUCUCACUGGAGUCCAAUCAGAGUGACCUGAUGGAACUACUGCCAAAACUGGAACUCAAAACAGAGAGUGUUAAAAACACUGUUGACUAUAUCAAACAGAAAAUAGAGGAGGAGAAAUCAGUAGAGAGGGCUAUCAAUCUCUUCCACUGUCUAAAUGAGCUGAAAGAUAACUUUGUGGAGGAAAUCCAGAAGAAUCUGAGCUCAGGAAAUCUUUCAGCACAGAAUCUCUCCUCUGCUCAGUGGUCUGGUCUGGUGUUUGUGCUCCUCAUGUCAGAAGACACUCAAGAGACGUUUGAACUGCAGAAAUACAGAAAAUCUGAUGAAGCACUGAUGAGACUGCUGCCAGUGAUCAAAAACACCAGAAGAGCACUGCUACAGUGCUGUAAUCUCACCGCACAGUCCUGUGAAAGUUUGUCUUCAGUUUUACAAUCCUCAAACUCUGUCCUGAGAGAGCUGGACCUGAGUAACAAUGACCUGCAGGACUCUGGAGUGAAGCUUCUUUCUGAUGGACUGAAGAGUCUAAACUGUCAGCUGGAGAUAAUGAGAUUGUCUGGCUGUAUGGUGACAGAGGAAGGCUGUGGUUAUUUGUCUUCAGCACUGAGUUCAAACCCCUCACACCUGAGAGAGCUGGAUCUGAGCUACAAUCACCCAGGAGAUUCAGGAGUCAAUCUACUCACUGAUAAAUUCAACGAUCCAAACUACAGACUGGAUAAACUCAAAGUGGAUCAUGCCGGACAGAUCUGGAUUACAGCAGGACUACACAAACAUUCCCAUCAGUUCACUCUGGAUCUGAACACAGUGAAUAAACGCCUUCGUCUGUCUGAGGAGAACAGAGUGAUUACUGACACUGACACAGAUCAGCCGUAUCCUGAUCAUCCAGACAGAUUUGAUGUGUGUCAGGUGUUGUGUAGAGAGAGUGUGUGUGAUCAAUGCUGUUACUGGGAGAUUGAGUGGAGUGGACGUGUGUAUAUAUCAGUGUCAUAUAAGAGCAUCAGGAGGAAGGGACGAGGUAAUGCGUGUUCUUUUGGUUAUAAUGAUCAGUCCUGGAGUUUGUUCUGCUCUUCCUCCAGUUACUCAUUCAGAUACAAUAACAUAUGGACUGAAGUCCCUGUAAAGUCCAUCGACAGUAGAGUAGGAGUGUAUGUGGAUCACAGUGCAGGAACUCUGUCCUUCUACAGUGUCUCUGGAGACACAAUGAUCCUCAUCCACACAGUCCAGACCACAUUCACUCAACCGCUCUAUCCUGGGUUUGGGGUUUAUUAUACUGGAUCAUCAGUGAAACUGUGUUGAUGAAUCAGAACAGACCCAUAGUUCUUCUACCCAUAAUGCUUUGAGCUUAUGAUAAAUCAGUAACAGUGAGAUGUUAUAGUCUCUCUUAUUUUCUCUUCAUUACAUUAAAGGAUUAGUCCACUUUUAAAUAAAUUUUUCCUGAUAAUUUA